UCACUUCCAGGUACACUUCGCCGCGAUCCAGUCACAUUUCAACACGAACAGCUUGCGACCUGAUAAAUGCGCAUGCGCACCACAGCUGACCCCUCCGGUUCAUGCGCGUAAUGCCACGUUAGUAGCGGCAGACACAAGACACUAGCUUCACUUGUAACUAAAAGAAGGGGAAAACACCGACCAAGUGGAAUUCCAAGUCCAAGCACUCGCUGUCUUUUGUUCAUUUUUUCCUACUAUAGCUUCUCGCCAGCAACUAUGUUCAAGCUUUUUCUACUGUGCGCCCUGGCUGUGGCCGUCAGAUCCGAAGUCCCCGAGGAAGAUGACGUCCUGGUGCUAAAGAAAAGUAACUUCGAGGAGGCAUUGCAAGCGCACCCCAACAUCCUCGUUGAAUUCUACGCCCCAUGGUGCGGCCACUGCAAGGCCCUGGUGCCGGAGUACGCCAAGGCCGCCGGCAUGCUGAAGGCCGAGGGCUCGGCCAUCCGCCUGGGGAAGGUGGACGCCACGGAGGAGACGGAGCUCGCCCAGGAGUACGGAGUGCGGGGGUACCCCACCAUCAAGUUCUUCAAGGGCGGGGACAAGGAGGCGCCAAAGGAGUACUCAGCGGGCAGGCAGGCCGACGACAUCGUCAACUGGCUGAAGAAGCGCACAGGUCCAGCCGUGACCUCCCUGACCGAGGUCACAGAGGCCGAGGCCAUGAUCGCCAACAACGAGGUCGCCAUCAUCGGCUUCUUCAAGGAAGCCGAGUCUGAGGACGCCAAGGCCUUUGAGCGGGCUGCAGAGUCCAUUGAUGAAAUCCCCUUCGCUGUGACCUCUGAUGAAGCCAUCUUCUCCAAGUUCGAGGUGUCCAAGGACGGGAUUGUUCUCUUCAAGAAGUUCGACGAGGGCCGCAACACCUUUGACGGAGAGAUGACCAAGGAGAACAUCCUGGCCUUCAUCAAGACCAACCAGCUGCCCCUGGUCAUCGAGUUCACCGAGCAGACCGCCCCCAAAAUCUUCGGAGGAGAAAUCAAGUCCCACAUCCUGAUGUUUGUGCCCAAGACGGCUGCUGACUUCGAGGACAAAAUGACCGAGUUCAAGAAGGCCGCAGAGGGCUUCAAGGGCAAGAUCCUGUUCAUCUUCAUCGACAGCGAGGUGGAGGACAACCAGCGCAUCCUGGAGUUCUUCGGGCUGAAGAAGGAGGAGUGCCCGGCCAUCCGCCUCAUCACCCUGGAGGACGAGAUGACCAAGUUCAAGCCCGACAGCGAGCUCAUCAACGCCGAGAGCAUCACCGCCUUCUGCACGCGCUUCACCGAGGGAAAGCUCCGGCCCCACCUCAUGAGCCAGGACAUCCCCGAAGACUGGAACAAAACCCCCGUCAGCGUGCUGGUGGGCAAGAACUUCGAGGAGGUCGUCUUCGACCCCACCAAGAACGUCUUCGUGGAGUUCUACGCGCCAUGGUGCGGACACUGCAAACAGCUGGCCCCCAUCUGGGACCAACUUGGAGAGAAGUACCCCGAGGGCUCCGACACCAUCAUCGCCAAGAUGGACUCCACGGCCAACGAGAUCGAGAGCGUCAAAGUGCAUAGCUUCCCAACACUCAAGUACUUCCCUGCGGGAGACGAGCGCAAGGUGAUCGACUACAACGGGGAGCGGACGAUGGAGGGCUUCACCAAGUUCUUGGAGAGCGGAGGCAAGGAUGGCGGUGCGCCAGCGGGAGAGGAGGAGGAGGAGGAGGGGGACUUGGAUUUGGACGAGGAAGGCGAGCAGGAGGAGGACUCGGAUGGCGAGGGCGGUCACGACCACGACGAGUUUUAAGCGGUGGCCUGAGGAGAGACGAGUCCUGUGCCCCCCCCCCACCCACCCCCCCCUCACCCCUCCGCCCGAUCAACACCACCAACCUCACCUCCCCGUGGGACUCCCCCCGUCCCGUCCCGUCCCGUCCCGGGAACUCUGAAACACUUGCCCCCCCCCCCCCCUUCAAACUUCCCCCUCGCCAGCCCUCACAUCUGUUCACCAGCUGCGUGGGAGGGCCUGCGCUCAACCCCCCCCCCCCCCACCCCCACCCACCACGACCACCACCACCACCUCCACCCCUAACUACUGGACGGGAUGGUCCAGUCCUGCUACGGUGGGGGCCCCCACCCCGAGACCUCGAUGUCUUCUGUACCGAGUUAUAUGUUAGCAGUUUGCCGUGUAUAUUUUGAAUCAAAUGUAAAGAGAAAAACUGGCAUUGUGUUCCAACUGCAGAGGGUUUAGUGUCACUUUCUGUCCCUCCAUUUCCUCAUCCCUCUGAAAGACGCCGCCAUCACCCGUCAUCAGUCCAUUUUAAGCAUGGGAGGGGCUGCCAAUGUUCUCUCGCCUCUGGUGUAGACGAGGACCGGGGUUUGUGGAAUGGGUCUCCAGAAGACCUGUCUCUGGAGACCCAGACUUGUCUCUGGAGACCCAGACUUGUCUCUGGAGGGGGGGGGGGGGGGGGGGGGGGGUGAGGCCCCCUCCUUUUUGUACGUGUAAACCUUUUUAUUUGUAAAGCGAUCACUACGAUGAAAGCAAACCGUUUAGCACAACGAUUCCCCUCCAAAGCAAUACUGGGCCCCUGUAGUCCUGGCCUGUGAGGAUUUUGUUUUCAUCCAUUCCUUCGACGUGCUUUUUUUUUAUUAUUAUUAUUAUUUGGUUUGUUUUAAUGAUUUCAGCACGGCUAUCUUUUUAAAGCGGGGAGCGAGGCUUAGCUCAGAAGGGGGAGGGAGGGGGAAGAGGGGUGGGGCAACAACAACAACAACAACAACAACAUAUUUUUAUUUAAUUAUAUUUUCUUAAAUUUGUAUUUUUUUUGGCUCAUCAUUGAUUGCUUUGUGGCCAACGGGCCCCAGAGGAGCCCCCAUUGGCCCCGCUGGGCGGCAGGGCUGGCCUGACCUGAGGGGGUACAGAGGCCCUUGAGGACCACACCCUCAGAACCUCACCGGGGUGGAGGCCCAACCCCUAAGCAGCCCGGGUUAGGUAGCACUGAGUUACCGCCAGUCAGAGAUUCAUUACGGUUACUGAAAGGGUCUCUGCUUUAGGAGGACCGCGGCCGGCGGGGGGGGGGGGGGGGGGGGGAUAGGCCGGUCCGAGGGGGGGGGCGUCCACGGGGGCAGCCUCUGGCCAGGGAACAGUUGAACAGCCCCGAUCCACACCCUUACUGAACCCAAACCCAUCCCUCUUGACUCUAACACCCCAUUCUCUACUGAGGCGUGUGACUGUGUGUGUGCGUGUGCGUGUGCGUGUGGUAUGAAGCCUGCCUUGCGGUCAUGUGUAUCCAUGAGAUGACUUGAAUGACAACUCUUGUAAUGUCUUUUCUGGUCGGCCAGGCUUAUUAAGAAUGUUUUCUGUUUGUCUUAUUUUCUGUUUGUCAGUGUGGGAUGGGCUGAGUGGAGUAGGGUGGUGGGUUUUUGAACGCUAUACAGGGGUGGGGAUAAGUUUGACAAAGCAUUCCAACUUGUUCAGUUUAUGUGGAAAAUUGAAAAUGGUGGCCAAAUAAAAAAAGUUGAACUUA